GUCUCUUGCUGCUGCUCCGGGAGAAUUUGGGAUCUAAAGCCAGAACAAAAGCCCCUCCCCUGCAAGAUCUGCCAGAGAAAUGCAUCACCAGGAGAAGAGCCCCUCGCCAGUGCCCGGCAUUGCCCGCUCCGCCACGGCACUCGCUUACCACGAGCACUACGCCUCGCCCGGCCCCGUCAAGAGCAAAGCCCUGAAGACUGAGAAAGACGCGGCAUUGCCCUCCUUCUCCUUGGGCGCAGGCUACAAUGACCCGGCUGUGUCGGGCAGCCAGAUGCACCCAACAGGAAGUGGAGGCAGCGGGGCUCAAGCUCAGGACCUGCGGCUCCCGAAGCGCAGACCCCUCCCAGGGAAGCACUACCCGUGCUCCAGCUACGGCUGCAAGCUGGCCUUCCACAGCAUGCAGGAGCUUAUGGAUCACAUGAGAGUCCACUACAGACCCACCCAGUCCCUGGAGGGUAAAAUAUUCCACUGCCCCACCCAGGGCUGCACGGACACUUUCCCCAGCAUGCAGGACCUGGUGGCUCACAUGAAGGUGCACUACAAGCCAAACCGCUACUUCAAGUGUGAGAACUGCCUGCUGCGCUUUCGGACCCACCGCUCCCUCUUCAAGCACCUGCACGUCUGCUCCGACAGCGCCAGCAGCCCGGCGCCGGCGCCGAAAGCCGAGAGGCCCACCCCACCUGCUACCUCCGGUCUGGAGAAGGACCCCCCGGCCAAGCCACUGGAGGGGCUGCCCAAACUCCAGAGCGUCAUCCGGCACAUGGAGAAAGAAGCCAUCCUCCCCAGCAUGGACGCUGUCUCCACCGCCGUGCCAGCCUCACUCCCGACUAGUCUCCACGGCUCCCUGGAGUCCAUGCCCCUGGUCUCUCCGGCUUCUCACCCGUUCCCUCUGCUGGAGCCCUCGCUCUUCGGGCCGUCGUCCUUAACCCGGUUCUCGGGCCAGCCUCACUCCUCGGUGCCGGCGCCUUUCCUGUCCUACAUGCACCCCUCUCCCUACAGCCUACCUCAGGCUUCGGUUCAGCAUCGCCUCAGGCCGUACUUGCCCAGCCAAGGCCUCCCCGUCUCCAACGCUGUGUGGAAGAAAAGUCAAGGUGUGUGCGUCGGCCCACGCCUCCCAUGCUUUGGCUCAGGUGUGACUUCAGGCCACUCCUCCAACAGCCGCAUCGUGUGGGAGCACACGCGAGGGCGCUACACCUGCAUGCAGUGCCCGUUCUCCAGCGCCUCGCGGGAAGAGAUGACGCUGCACAUUGAGGAUCAGCACAAGAAUCCACCCCUGCCCGGCCGGCUGGAUGGAGAGAUGGACUUCGGCGUCGGCCUCGCCUCCUUCCACUCAAAGCUCCCGCCGGAGAUGGAGAACUCCCUGUACUCGCAGCUCUGAUGCUC